UUGUUGUAUGUCAUUCUGGAAUUGGCCUCUAGAGGCGCUGUCACAUGAAAUGUGACAGGAAGUAGUCGGAAGAUAAAAGUCAUCACUACCUUAGCCGGAUAAGGAAUGUAAAUGUCUGAGGAUAGGGAAGCCCAAGAGGAUGAGCUGCUUGCUUUAGCAAGUAUCUAUGAUGGGGAGGAGUUUCAUCAGGCAGAGUCCGCCCAGGGAGGAGAAAUCCAAAUCUGUCUGGAGCUCCCUCCUGACUUCAAAGUUGUUGUGAGAGGAGAGCAGACAACUGAGUAUGCUGUCUGUUUUUUACCCCCUUUGGUCCUUAAUUUUGAGCUCCCGGCAGACUAUCCCUCCUUGUCUGCGCCAGUCUUCACUCUCAGCUCUAAAUGGAUGACCAAAGCUCAGUUAAGCACCCUUUGCCGGCGCCUGGAUGAGUUAUGGGAGGAAAACCAGGGCUGUGUGAUUCUUUUCACAUGGAUGCAGUUCCUAAAGGAGGAGACUUUGGACUUCCUGUGCAUCAAAUCUCCUCUUGAAGUCAACAGAAACAACACUAAGCUCUGUGGUGAACGAAGAAAAGCAGAUACCACGGCUGCAGAUGUUGCAAGUAAGCCUGAAGUAGCGGAGAAGAAACCAGAGAUGAUAACAGAGAAGCUGGGACAGCACCCUUCUAAGCUUGACCCACGCGCUGUGGUGUUGAUGGACCCGCGGGCUGACCCCCUACCUCAGCUGCUGGACUUUGACGAGGCGCAGCGGCAGAAGGUCUUUGACAGCAAGGUGUUCUGCUGUGGAAUCUGCUUCUCGGAGAAGCUGGGCUCCAACUGUCUCUGCUUUAAAGAGUGUCAACACGUGUACUGCAACGCCUGCAUGACCGAGUACUUUCAGAUCCAGAUACGGGACGGCAACGUUCAGUGCCUCAAUUGCCCUGAGCCCAAAUGUACCUCAAUAGCAACACCACUGCAGGUCAAACAGCUUGUGGAUGAAGAGCUGUUUGCCCGAUACGACCGACUGCUUCUUCAGUCCACUUUAGACCUUAUGGCUGAUGUGGUCUACUGUCCUCGUCAGUUUUGUGGCACCGCUGUCAUGGUGGAGCCAGACACCACGAUGGGCAUUUGUUCGGCUUGCCAGCAUGCAUUUUGCACCAUGUGCAAGCUCGCUUAUCACGGUGUCUCCCACUGUAAAAUCCCUGCAGAGGAGCUGCGUAACCUCAAAGACGAGUACCUGUCAGCCACGCCGGAGGGGAAGAAGUUUAUGGAGAAGCGCUUUGGGAAAAGAGUGAUCCAGAAGGCGGUGGAGGAGUCUUUUAGCAGGGAUUGGCUCACAGAGAAUUGCAAGUGCUGUCCCAAAUGUGGAACCAAUAUACAGAAAGUUGACGGCUGUAACAAGAUGACCUGCACUUCUUGUAAACAGUACUUCUGCUGGCUGUGCUUGGGCGUCCUCAGCAAAGUCAACCCAUACGGUCACUUUAACAACCCCCACUCCCCCUGCUUUAACCAGCUUUUCCAGGGUGUGGACGUAGAUGAUGACGACAACUUUUGGAGCGAUGAAGAAGACUGAACCCGCCCCCCACACCCCCCACACCCCUCCAGUGCCUCACCGCUAUUAGCGCCAUUUGAAAGCACUUUAUUUCUCACCAUCUCACACACUCAUCUGAGACUCUGACUUCAAACAUGUCGUGUCUGUGAUGCCACUGUGAGCACAUCUUGUUCUUGAUGCUAAGAAUGUGCGAUAAAAUCGACGCCAGAAUAUCUUGUGCCUGGGUGAUUGCUAAAGAAACAUACUAUUGUGGUUGUUUUGGAUCAUUUUGGACACCAGUGCACUUUUCAUUUUGUUCCUAUCAUGGAUCAAGGACACACACUUGCAUAAGAAGUUAGUACGUUUUCUAAUAACGACUAAGUCCAAAGAUGUUUUACUUAAUGUAAUGGGUUUUUCAACAGGUUAAGCACUUCUUCAUGUAACCCAGUGUUUUAAUGUCCAAUAAGAAUUCCCAGAAAAAAAUGGCGACAAAUCAUAAUUAUAAAACACUUUUUAUUUUGAAAUGAAAAGAAGACAAAGCACUCGGGUCCCUUUCAAAUAAGCACAAGGUGCUGUUUAUGUUUGCUUUAUUUGCUGUGAUGUGAGAACAACUUCUUCAUAACUGCUAUUUUGUUGCUGCCAUAUAUUAGUAGCAAAGAGAGGCCAUAAAAUAAUGUAAACGCCUCGGGAUGCAAAUAUAGGUGUAUUUAAUGAUGGCUUAAUUUUUGUUUGUGAUCUGAGAGGAAAGCUAUAAUGAAAGUGAAUCUGUUUCCUAUAAUGGUGAAUUUUUUCUUCCAUAAUGGAUUGUAGGUUGACGCUGGUGUGGCAAAUACAAUCACAUUUUUUUGCGAUACUUUAGGUUACUUUACAAUACAGGACAUUCACCAAAAUAAAAGUUUCAAGUUUGCCAUCA